AUGGAGGGGAACGAUGAUCAUGCUGCGGUGUCCAUAGGCGCCAUGGCCCACAAGAAACUCGACGAGGUUAAGACGAGCAUGAACGCUACAAGGCUGCGCGAAGUGAAUACCAAGACGACCCACCUCUUAGGAGGUAUCCGCUCGGCCUUGGUAGAGCUGUCUGACCUCAAACGCGCCAAGCAGUGGCGUGAGAACGUUGAAAAGCUCCAGAGCGAGCACAAGAUGCCUCGCUUCGUCAUCGGUGUUCUUGGUGACACCGGUUCGGGAAAAUCCUCAUUCAUCAAUGCUGUACUCGACGAGGAGAGAAUCGUACCGACAAACUGCAUGCGAGCCUGUACGGCUGUCAUCACCGAAAUCUCCUGGAAUGACUCCGACGAUCCUACAAAGAAAUACCGCGCCGAGUUUGAGUUCAUAACUCAAGCUGAGUGGACGACUGAGGUCGUUGCUCUCCACCGCGAUAUUCUUGACCAUAACGGCAAGCUUUCGUGCGACAUCAAAAAUGCGGACAGCGAUGCCGGGAUCGCAUAUUCCAUUUUGAAGUCCGUCUACCCGAAGCAUACUGAUAAGCAACUCAGAGAUGUCGAUCCUGUGGUGCUCGCAAAUUUUGUCAAGGUGCGAGAGGUGAUUGGCAAGACCAAGGUGGUUGAAGAAGCCGAGUGCGCUCCUUUCUACUCCGUAAUCCAGGCCUUCGUGGAUUCGGAGGAGAAGCGAAACAAGUCUCGCACGGAAGACGAUGGUGCUGAACCUGAGGAGCUGGAGAUGGCCUACUGGCCCCUCAUCAAGGUCGUGCGGGUCUUCCUAAAGUCAGAGGUCGUUUCUACCGGAGUAUUCAUUGUGGAUUUGCCUGGAGGACGCGACUCGAAUGCUACUCGCGCGGCGGUUGCUGCCAAGUACGUUAAAGAGUGUUCCAGACUUUGGGUGGUAGCACCCAUCACACGCGCGGUUGACGACAAGACCGCAAAGACGUUGAUGGGCGACAACUUCAAGCAACAGCUCAAGUACGAUGGCGCGUACAACAACAUCACCUUCAUCUGUACCAAAGCCGACGACAUUUCCCUGGAUGAAGCGGCCCCAAGUCUUGGCAUUGUAGACCUCAUUGCGAAGGAGCAAGAGCGCAAAAUCGAAAUGGAGAGUGAAAUCGAGCGCAAGACGGACGAAUUGAAAAGCCUUGAGCCCCAGAAAGCGAGCGCCCAGGAGAAGUACAGAAUCAUCGGCAAUGACUUUGAUAUCUGGCAUGGACUUUACAGACAGGUUUCCAAGGGACAUGCGACCUUUGCUCCCAUGGAAUCUCCCCGCAAGAGGAAGCGUUCUCGGCCUCAGCGUGAGAAAGAGCCUGCAAUUGCCAAGAAGGUGAAGAAAGAGCCCGGUCAAAGCGACACAGACGAAAGCAGUGAUGACUCGGAUCUCGAUGCCGUUGAGUCUGAUGACGAUGACUCGGAGGGUCGCCCUGAGCCUUUAUCAAUCGAGGAGACGCGCAACAGGCUUGAAGAGCUGAAAGCGUCCAAGAAGGCUGCUAGAGAGGAGCGGAAGAAGAUUACUCGGCAGAUGACGCAGAUCAAGAAGGACAUCAAGGACCUCAGCAAGCAGCGUUCGGCUGUGAAAAUCCAAAUGUACCGCUGCUGCAUCCAAGGACGCAAUGACUACUCCCGCCAGGCGAUCAAGGAGGACUUUGCGUUUGGUCUGAAGGAGUUUGAUGAAGAGCUUCUCGCCGAACAGGAGGGAGAGAUGCGAACUCGCCAGCAGGUUGAGGUCGUGAGCCCCGAUUAUGAACAGAUUGGCAAAGAUUUACCAGUCUUCUGCAUCAGCAGUCGGGGCUAUCAGCAGUUGAGAGGAAGGAUGAAGAAAGACCAUCGUGUUGUAGGCUUCACUUCUCUCACUGAUACUGGGGUUCCUGAUCUUCGUGACUACACCCUCGAGCAGGCCGCGGCUAUCCAGGCUAGCCACUUUCGCCAUCAUCUCAGCGAGAUAUGCCGCCUUCUGGGGGCACUCGACCUCUUUUUGGCAGGCGACGUCGCCAACCUCAAGCUUUCCCAAAAUGAGAAGAAGCAGGAGACUAAGAGCUUGGGGGUUGCCUUGACCAAGCUAGGAAAGGCCCUCGGCGAGGCUGUUACAAAGUGCAUGGAGGAUUGCAAGUCAGUCGUUAAGGCGAAAGUCCUGAAGAAAACCGGCAAGGGUGCCGUGAAAGCCUCUGACAAGGCCGUUGCUACUGCCGAAGGUUGGGGUGCGAAGCAUGAUGCCGGAGGUCUCCGCUAUGGAACCUACAAGGCUACUUGCCGUCGCUAUGGCGUAUUCAAAGGUGCAGCGGGUGCCCGUGACUUCAACGAGGGUGAGCUCUCAGAUCUUCUCAAUCCUAUGAAGAAUUAUACUGCCCAGGAGUGGGACUCGGCCUUCAAUGGCCGCUUGCCUGAGAAAAUUUCGACACUUGCCGCGUCUUCCAAGCAGCUCAUUAACUCGUUCCACGAGCGCAUGAAGGACAGACGGUUUCUUGUCGAGAACAACGACUUAGUGAACGGCUUCCUCGUCGUGAUUCUGGCCGCACAGAAGGAGAAGCUCGCCCAUAUAGCUAAUGAGCAUCAGAAGCUGGUCCAGACCGCACAAAAGGACGCCAAUCGUCUCUUCGGUCCUGUUAUUCAGCGAGCCAUGAAUGAAGCCUACCAAGGCUGCCUCAUUUCCGCAGGAACCGGAUCUUUCAUUCUCAUGAAAGACCUCAUGAAGGAGCAUGUCGAGUCCCAGAAGUCUACCAUGUUCAAGACCGCCGCCAGAGAUGUGGAGAAAGCCGCCAACACAAUGCUUAGCACCCUUGAAAAGACGAUCCGCGACGACACGAAUGGAGUUGUGAACGCCAUGCAGGAGGACUACAUCGGCCUGAUUGGAGAGGUGGCUACCACGGCCGACAAUCGCGCCAUAAAGAUUUUGAGUCCCGUGCUCCAUGACUUUUACACGAAUCUGAAUGCCGCCCUGAAUCCUAUCGAGGAGGAAAUCGUCGUCCAUGAGCCCAUCGAUCUCGAGCUCGACGUGGGAGACGGCAGUGACGACGAAUACCGGCCCGAUGAAGACAUGAGUGAUUGA